CGCCCACUCCUCCCCUUAGUUACACAGCCAACGGCAGUGCCUCUCUUAUGUCCGAUUGGUUUUUAUCUAAAAAACAAGUGAUACGAUAAGAUCUGUUGACGUGUAUGCCAUAUCGUGUCCUGAUGGUCUCUGGACAAUUUACUUUGUAGCCUAGUUAGAGAUGCGACAUCACAGAUCAUUGGCUGACUAUUUUUCGACUAAAAAUAACGAUAUAGUAAACCUCAUAUUUCGUGUUUACUAGACAGUUUUUCUUGACACACACUCGUCGCUGCUGUAAUUUUGUAAGUUUUGAACCAAAGGCGUCUUGGGCUGAGAGAACCAGUGAGAGAAAUCAUCCCAGCGAGGAGUGCAACACAAACCACUGCUCACACCACCAUGGACCAGCUCACUGUCGCGGUCUUGGGGGGCAGCGGAUUCUUGGGGCAACACGUUGUCUCGGAGCUGCUGACGGAGGCACAGAAGAUGGGUGAAGGCGAGGGUCAGGAGACGAAGGCCACCCGGCCAUUGUGCAUUAAGGAGAUUUGGGUCCUGGACGUGAAGCCAUACACACCCUGUGUCGUGUCGCCGUCAGACACAAGAGUCAAGGUAGUGUUCAAGGAAUGUGACGUGCGGGAACUGUCGCAGCUGAAGGAGGCGCUGGCCGGGGCCGCCGCUGUCAUCAACUGUGCGGCAGUCCUCCCAAACUUCACUCGAGAGGACCUGGGCUGCAACAGCUAUAUGCGACAGGUCAAUGUUGACGGUGUGAAGAACGUGGUGGAGGCGUGCUGUGAAGCGGGUGUGGGGGUCCUCGUCCACACCAGCACCAUCGUCGUGGUCAAGACGGCUGGCAAUAGGCUACUGGAGCACACAGAGACCCUCACGCCCCGGGGCCCAGAGAAGGACCUCCUGCUGGGUGACUACGCUCUCAUGAGGCUGCGCGCUGAGCACAUUGUCCUUGGUGCUCAUCUCACGCCUCUCAGCACAGGAGCGAAAUUGCAGACAGUGGUAUUACGACCGCCAAUUACCUACGGCGAGGGGGACACCAGUUUUGUGCCGCUGGUGUUGGGAAUGGCCAGAGCGGGCGGCAACAGGCUUCCAUCAGUGGGUAACCCAGAGGCCUUUCUCCAAGCAGCUUAUGUUGGUAACGUGGCGGUAGCUCACGUGAAUGCCCUUGGGCACCUGAUCUCUGGUAGAAGUGACGGCAUGGAGGGAUGUGGUGGGAUGCCAGUGUAUGUGACAGACGACACACCCCCUCACAACCUGUCGGGCCUGGCCGAGCCUUUCCUGCACCACUUGAGUCUUCAACCUUCGAAGAACCAUUCAUACUGGAUCAUUUCUCUCAUGAUGCUGAUCGCCAGCAUCUGGGCCAUGUUCUGGUCUCUGUUGGGCUUCAAGAAAGAGAGAAACCUGUCAUCUCUGCCGCCACUAACACUGCACCGCCUGGCUGCCACCAUCACUGUGGUGAGUCGCAUGCGCGCCGAGCUGUACCUCGGGUACACUCCACGGUACACCUGGGACCAGGCUCAGCACCGAUCAAACUCUUACUACACUAAAUAUCUUGUUUAGUUCUCAGCCACAGGUAGAGCUACAGCUUAUUAUGUACUGACUCGCUUCACCAGGGAGAAAGUUUUAUAUAUAAAUAAUAUAUAUUUUAUAUAUAAAAUAUAUAUACAUAUAUAAUAUAUACAUUUUAUAUAUAAAAUGGUCCCAAGUUCAAAUAUUGAUUUGGAGGCAGUAUAUUAGUUUCGUAAUAUAGUGUAAGCCAGAUUCCAGAGUAUAAACAUGUCCCCACUCAUUUACCUGUAGAAAACCAAUGGCCUGCUCCAUGAUACGGGGUAUACUCAUCUCAAAUUACUUGUUACCAUCCUGUAAUAUAUGUCGAAAAUAUAUAUAUAUUGUCGAUUG